AGCAAGAAGAAAUGGGUGGGGUUGUAAAUGAGGUGAAUGAACUUUUGAGUAAACUAGAGGAAAGUAUUGGAAUGGAAGAGUUCUUAUCAACACAACACAUGAUCAAACCUUCAAUCUACAAAAUACCACAAUUCAUUAGAGAAGUCAAUCCCAAAGCUUAUGAGCCAAAGUUGGUGUCUUUGGGGCCGUACCAUUAUGGGAAACCCCAUUUGCUUCCAAUGGAAAGGGAAAAAUACAAAGCUUUUCUCCAUUUUAAAGCUAGAAACAAUCUGUAUUUAGAAUCCAUUGUUGACAGUGUUUGUAGCAUUUUGGAAGAUUUGUUGGGAUCGUACGACGAUAAUCUCGAUGAUAUAUGGAAGGAAGAUGUUGCAAUGUUCUUGAAGCUCAUGAUUGUUGAUGGCUGUUUUGUGCUUGAUUUAAUCAGUGAAUUAAGUUCCAAAUCGCUUGGCCGUUGUAUGAUUUGGGAUAUAAAGAGGGACAUGGUGUUGCUUGAAAAUCAGUUACCUUUGCAACUUCUUAAACAACUGCAUGCCUUAACAACGACAACCACUGAAAAUGAAAAUGAGCAUUUGGAUUUAGAAGCAAUGAUUUGGUCAUGGAUGAGGCUUUCAGGGGAAAUAUUAUCAGUGAGAAAUCCCUUGCACAUUUUGGAUAUGUAUAGAUCUUCGUUAUUGUCUCCUACGAUAUGCAAACAGGAUGAGACUCAUGAGAAUAUGAUCGCAAUAUUGGAAUGGACCCUAACCAACGAGGACAACGUAGAGUGUCAAAGCAUUCGAUCGGCAACACAACUUCGUAAAGCAGGGAUAAAAUUCGAGAAAAGCAGUACAAACAACCUUAUGGACGUGUCGUUUGACUUCAAACAACGCGUCCUGAGGCUGCCAUCUCUAGCAAUAGACGACAUCCUCACUGAACCAACUUUAAUAAACAUCAUGGCGUUUGAGAAGCUUCAUGUUGGGGUUGAAAGGCAAGUCACUUCUUUCGUUGUGUUGAUGAAAAAUCUAAUAGGAAUCGACAAAAAUGUGUCAUUGUUGGCCUCUAAAGGAAUAUUAUCUUCUAAUGUAAUUCAUGACGGUAACGGUGUAGUACAAUUGUUCAAUCUAUUGGCCAAAGGACAGACAAAAUAUUUGGAGAACCACAUGUGUGAACUAUUCAAGAUGUUGAAUUGUUAUUAUGACAAUCGGUGGAGUAUUUGGUUGGAAAAUCUCAAACUCAAAGUUCCACAAACUAAAAAUCCAUGGGAAUUCAUCUCUAUUGCUUUUUUCACCUUUGGCUUUACGUACCCACUUGUCCAGGCUAUCACUGAUAAUCGUCGUCGUAAAAAGCACAAAGUUUAUAAGAAAUUAAAUAUGGUGGAGGUGGAAGAGGAGGAGACGCCGCUGCCCAUCUCUUGCAUAAAUGAUCAUAAAGAUCAAUUUCCAAUGGACAAGAAUGACGUGGUAAUUAAUGUCAAAGACUGUCUGAAGGAACUGUUGAUGAAACGGCCAGUACCGGUGAACGAAUCCCCAUCAUCAGAAAAAACUAUCAAACCUUCGAUUUACAAAAUACCAAAAUUCAUGAAAGAUAUCCAACUGAAAGCGUACGAGCCAUAUUUGGUGUCGUUUGGGCCAUACCAUCAUGGGGUCGAACAUUUGGCUCCAAUGGAAAAGGAAAAACAGAAAGUGUUUCAACAUCUCGUAAAGGGUGAUAAUAAUGCUGCCACUUACGAGUCGAUUGCGAGUGAAGUGUCGAACAUUUUGGAAGAUCUAUAUGCAGCAUAUGAUAAUCUUGAUGAGAAAUGGAGGAAGGAUGUUGUUGCCAGUGCCAAGUUCAUGGAGAUGAUGAUUAUAGAUGCGUGUUUCAUACUAGUUUUCUUCUCCAAAGACAAAAGUUACAAGUCGCUAAUGACUUUGAGAUCAGAUAUAAAGCGAGACAUUUUGCUACUUGAGAAUCAGCUGCCUUUCCAGCUUCUUCAACUCUUGUAUAAGAUAUUACCAAUUAAGGAUCAAAAUAAAUCUUUGACUUCACUUAUAUGCAAGUUAUGGUUUGUCAAAAAAGAUGAGCUGACAGUAAAAGGAGGUAAGCACAUUUUAGAGAUGUAUAGAAUGUUAUUAUUGGAUCCAAUUCCUAUAGUACUGUCCGAAAGGGAUGAAAGUCAGAAGAAAGCAGAAGGAACGAAAGGCAACAAAAAAGAGAAAGAUGAAUCCGUGCUAAAUAGUCAAAUCAUUCCUCAAGCAACACUACUUCACGAUGCUGGAAUAAAAUUUCGGAGAAGUGAAACAGAAAGCCUUAUUGACAUUGGUUUUAAAAAUGGCGUGUUGGAACUGCCACAUCUAACUGUAGACGAUGAUACUGAAACGAAAUUACUAAAUGUGAUGGCAUUUGAGAAACUGCAUGGUAAUGUUAGAAGUUAUGUGACGUCUUUUGUAGUGUUGAUGAAUAAUUUGAUCGACAUAGAUAAAGAUGUCGAGCUAUUGUCGGAGAAUAAGAUAAUAGACAAUGCACUUGGGAAUGACGAAGACGCAGCGAAGUUGUUUACAGUACUUGGGAAAGGAGUGGCUCUUGAUUUGGAGAGCAAUAUAGCAAAAGUACAUCGUUUGGUGAAUAAACAUUGUGAUGGAAGAUGCAAUAGAUGGUGUGCUAAUCUUAAACACAAUUACUUUCAAAAUCCAUGGGCUAUUAUCUCACUCAUUGGUGCUAUUUUCGGUUUUCUUAUCCUUAUCGUUCAAGCCGUCUAUCAAAUUAUUGAUUACCACACAAGGAAGUAA